ACACUGAACUCAUGGAGAAACGGGAAAACCUGAAAAUGGAGCAGGAACAACUCCUCCAAAUAGAAAAAGAAUAUCUCCAGGCCAAAUCAAAGACUCUUCAGUUGGAACAACAAAACCAAAAUUUCUGCAAAGAAAUCAAAGACAUCCAGGGAAAACUGAGUUCUACAUUUGAACUGAAGCAAAAAUGUAAAGAAGAAGCAGAUUUGUUCCAGUUCUUGCAGAAACAAAACACCACCCUGAAAGAAGAGCUCCUUGACCUGCAGAAGAAGUGUGAGAAAGACGCUGAGAUGAAGCUUCAGUAUUCCUCUCUGCAAGCUGAUAGAAAGGCUGUGGAGGGGGAAUUCAAAUCCCUGAAGCAACAGAUCCGCGUUCUUUCUCAGCAAUGUGAAGACUUCAGGCCCAUGACUGAGAAAUUUAAUAACACUCAGGAGUACAUCGGCCAACUCCAAGAACGCAAUACAUCCCUUUUGGAGGAAGUCGAGAACCUGCAGGUCAUGAAACAGGAACUAGAAGGAUUGGCCACAGAGUACAUCAAUCUGGAGAGAAACAUAAAGGAACUUAAGAAACAAAAUUAUGACCUCAACAAAGAUCGACAACAACUCAAUUCGGAAAUCCUGGUCCGAAAAGAUCUGGAGGACAAAGUCGUCGCUGCAAGGCAAGAACACGCAGCAGUUCUGGCUGAAAACACAACCCUAAAAGCCCACGCCUCAAAGUAUGUACAACAACCACAGCGUGCUGCUUUGAGGAACCCUUUGCUGACUUCAGCCAGAGCUGCUCAAGGAGAACUUCCACCUCUAAGACAACCAAGUCAGCCUUUGUUGGAGGAAACUUCUCCGAUCACAGUAAGACCCAGAAGGUUCCAACAACAAAGAGCUGUACUUGGACAACAUCAAGGAGCCGCACCAAGAAGGGUUCCUGGUUCCCGGCAGGUCUAGGACCCUUCAAAAGUCUAAUGUAGGCAGCCUUGAUUACAAAAAAAAAAAAAAAAAAACUCUCAAAAAGGCUAAAUUUAUACAGCCUUGAUUUAACCAAAAAA